AUGUCGUUGGUAUACACAUUCAAACGCUUCUGGUCAUUCCUGCGCUUGGACGAACUGGUCAGCGCUGCCCUGUCCGGAGACGAUGACUGGGAUUACAGCGAGGAACCCCACACCUCCAGACGCUCAGAAAUUCUCCGCAAACACCCGGAAAUCAAACGCCUGAUGGGGUACGAUCCCUUCAUUGCGUACGUUCUAGCCUUCGAGGUUUCCCUGCAAUUGUUUAUGGCAUGGUGCGUGCGGGAUUCCCCGUGGUGGUUGGUGGUUCUCCUGGCCUACUGUGUUGGGGCGUUUGUGAACCAUUCGUGUGGGACAGCUAUCCAUGAAAUUGGCCAUAAUUUGGCCUUUGGACAUUCAAGGCCUAUUCUGAAUAGACUACUGGGGAUGUUUGCCAAUCUACCGCUAGCGGUCCCUUUUUCUGUGACAUACAAGAAAUAUCACUCCGAUCAUCACAG